AUGCUUGAAAUAAAUUUGUUGAAAGUGGAGAACCCGUCCUGUCUGUGGGGUCGGUUUGUGAAGGGUCCAGGGAUAGAAGCGGUCGAGAAUAAAAAAGAAUAUGAUGAUCUGCAAAUGAAAAUGAACCUUUUCUAUCAUGAGGUCAACCUAGAUGUGCAGAAGAUCAAACCCUCAACUAUAGAGUCGGGACAGGUGUGUGUGGUGUACUGGUCUACCCUAAGGAGCUGGUGCCGAGCCAUCGUUGAGUCUCUUUUCCUGGGCACCGUUGGAACCCAGGCCAUGUGUUUCCUAGUUGACCACGGAGAGCGCGUCAUCGUCAGCUCAGAUGAGAUUCGGGCUCUGUUAGAUACGUUUUUGCAGCUGCCCUUCUGGGUGAGGAAGUUUCAGCUCGCUGGUGUUCAUCCCAUGACGCUGCACGUGUCUGGAGACUGCCUGGAGAAAGCUGAGCUCAUACCAUCAACGCAAUGGGACAGCUCUGCCACACGCUAUUUGCACAAUCUCUUACAAGCUUCUACCGAGAUGGAGGCAGUGUUGUGUGAAACACAGGCAGAUUGCACUGCCAUUGAGCUCUACUUGACUGUCAAAAAUGUCAAGAUCUGUGUGAACGACGAUCUGGUCUCAAAGAAGUUUGCGUACUUCACAAGCCAGAAGGCCCAUCAAACCAGUGGGAAAAAUGGUGUUGUUGAUAGAUCCCCAGCCGUCUUGGCAUGUGACAUCUUUUCUGAAACUCAGAACUUCCUGGCUACUGACGGCUGCACCCGUUCUUCUUUCAGCGACGACGAGCCCGGAGAGGACACCGACACAUCUCUUGUGUCAGAACUGUUCAAAAAUCUGAAUCUGUUAAGUACUCCUAGUGACCUAGUAGACCGGACACAAGAGUUUGUCUUCACAGAGCAGCCAACCAUUGAGGAGGAGCUCGUCUGCGCUCGGUUGUUGCAGUUGCUAAACCCUGACCCUCUGAACCCAGAUGUAUACUCAUCAGAAGUCACUAUCGUCCAUACUGAUCCAAGCAGGAGUGGGAUAAUGGUGCAUUCUGCCUUUACUCUGGACCCCUGCACCAGUCUGGCCAAUGCUCCAAUCACUGACACCUUCCGGAGGAUCUUGAUGAGGAAGAAGUAUGCCGGCCCGUCUGUGGCUGAGAGUUACUGCUGGCCGGCGGUGGCCAGGGGCUGUGACACGGUCCUCAUCUCCCACAGCGGAGACCAGCCCCUCACCUACAUCCCCCCGUUCCUGGCCCACAUGCAGCUCUCCUCCGUCUUCAGCGCCCUCUCUUCUCGCACCGGGCCCAUAGCGGUGAUCCUGUGCCCGGGGUGGGAGAAAGCCCAGACUGUGAUUGACCUGCUGGAGGAGAGCCAGACCAUCCAGGUCCUCCACCCCAUGGUCAUACUGUUGGGACUGGGAAAGGACGAGGCAAAGACCGUUAAGAUCCAGAACAACUGCCAGGUGGUGGUGACCACUCCGUUCAGCCUUGUGCGUCUGCUGCGUUUGCACUGUUUCCUGUUCCUGCGGCUGUGUCACCUGGCGCUGGACGAAGUGGACCUGCUCUUUUCUAGAGCCCCGGACGAGAUGACCACUAUCCUGCAGCACUUCCAGAGGGUGACGGCCAGUGAGGAGCGUGUGUCGUGCCCCAGACAGAUCAUCGCAGUGGGAAAGCGCUGGAGCCGCCACCUGGAGGGCCUGCUCCACAACCACAUGAACAACCCCACCGUUGUCGUCACGGUGAUGGAGGAGGCCGCACUCUACGGCAAUGUGCACCAGAUUAUCCUGUUGUGUCUGGACUGCACUAAGAUCUCUAUCCUGCUCGGGGCGCUGGACUUCACCCCCGACGUGGCCCAGAAGACCCUCGUCAUCACCAACUCGGCUGAGGAGGCCGAACAUGUCUUCAAGGCUGUUUCAAACACAUCAGCGUUCUCCCUGAAGGCCCACGAGGAGUUAACCUACCAGUUUGACUUUGUGACUGAGCAGUGGAAGAAGCCCAUUGGACCUGGCACUCAUGUCAUUCUGGUCACCACCAAUGAGUGUAUGAAGUCUUUGGGUAUCUGUGAUGCUACGUGUGUUGUGCACUACGGCUUCCCAAGCUCACCUAAGCUGUUUGGCAGCCGUCUGUUUUGCAUGUCCCAGAACUUCCAGAACCUUUCAGACAAGCGUGCUGCAGAGAGCACGGCCCACCCUGCCAAGUCAGUGCUGCUGCUAUCUGAGAGGAAUGCCCGUCACGUAAUCGGGGUCCUGCGCUACCUAAAGCGUACUGAGGCCUCGCUGCCUCCAGAGCUGCUGCAAUUCGCCCAGGGAGUCCUGCGUGCCAAGGAGGAACAGAAGUCUGACAGGCCUCUGUGCAGAUACCUCAAGAGCUUUGGCUUCUGUAGGGACAGCAGUGUUUGUUCUUAUCGACACAGCAUCAGCCCCAUAACAGACCAGCCACUGCAACCAGACUCUGGAACUAUUGUGGUUCUGCCCUUGUUCAUCAAGACUGCUUCCGUCUACUACGGACGCAUUGUGAGUAAGAAGGAGGACCGUUAUGAGAGCCUGGCAGCAGCAAUGACUACAUACUACUCCGCUGAGAAGCUGGGUGCUAAGGAGGUUCUGGAGGGAGGGCUGUACGGAGUACAAGAGGAUGAGGUCUACCACAGGGUGCGGGUGACUUCGGUGCCGGACAAGGGUGAGUGGAUGUUCUGCAGCGUGAGGGCUCUGUUCCUGGAUGAGGGGCGUGAGCAGGAGGUGAAGUCCCACCAGCUGCUGCAGCUGCCGGCCCAGUUCCACAUAAUGCCGCCCCAGGCUUUGGAAAUCAUCGUCUGCAGGGCCAUGCCCAUCGACGCUGAGGUCAAAUGGAACCCCAAGGUCACCAGGGCCAUCAGUCAGAAGAUCAAAGGCCUGCAGCACCAAGCCAAGGUUGUUCUGUGUUUGGGAAACACGGUCUUCGUCGAUCCCAUGGUGCGGAUGACCCGACUACCAGGCCUGAAGACCUUAAUAAAUGAAUGCAACGUCCACGCUGAGAUCCUUAGCACGGGGAUGGGCACCAGCAACCCUCAGCACCUGGACCUGCUGAAGGAGCUCUGCCACGGGGCUGGGCCUGGAGCCAGUGCUGGGGAUGCCCUGCUCACCACGGUGCCGGAUGGCUCUGGGGUGACCUUGGAGGAGAAGGUGCAGGCUGCAGAGGAGGCCCUGGUCCACAGGAUGAGGGCAGCUGUCGAGCACUUACACUGUGGCCAGGAGGUUUCUGUAGACCCGCCCCAGACCCAAACGUCUGUGCUUCAUGCCCAGACAGACUUGUCCCAGUGCCAUAUGAAGGCCUCAGCAGAUCUGCACCAGAUGGACCAGAAGGUCUUUGCUCAUGCAUCCCAGCCUUGGAUGAACGAUGUCUUUGUAUACCCGACCCAGCUCUCGCCCAAGCCACAGGAGGCCCCAUUAGCAGCAGUUCCUGAUCCGAGCGAGGCUCAACUACCAACACUCAUGGACAGGGUCCAGAUAACUUCCCCUCUCCCAACACCUAGCGAAGCCCAGAUAUCUGCCCCACUCCCAACAAUUAGCGAGCCACAGUUACCUGCCCCAACAACUGCGCACAACGACCCCAAAAUGGAGCAGUGGAGGAGCCUCAUAGCUAACCUCCAAGGUGCCACUCAAACACGGAGUUUCCAUCCACAGAUCAAGUGGUUCCAGAGAGAUGACACAGUCACACUGAACAUAAAGCUCAGAGAACCAGUGGAUCAGAGAUGUGAAUUCUUCCCUGACAGAGUGGUGUACAGUGCGUGUGUGAAUGACAGGCCUUAUCGUGCUCACCUGGAGCUCCACAGUAACAUCACUGCAGAGAGGUGCUCCUGGGAGAUGAAGUGCAAUGAGCCAGUCAUCAGGCUCGUCAAACAGGAGAGGGGAGACUGGAAGAUGCUCCUCAAGCAAAAGAGUGCUUUUGUUAGUUUGGAUUUCGACCGAUUUGAGGAAGAUGAAAAGAAGACUUCAAAUGGUCUCUGCUUUGUGGGGCACACUGGGGAGGAAGGCUGCUACGUGAGCUCAGACAGUAGCAGUGACUGA